UAUCCAUAAUAUUCAUGUCAUGAGAGAAUCAUUACGAAAACUUAAAGAGAUUGUGUACCCCAACAUUGAGGAAACUCACUGGCUGUCUAACUUGGAAUCUACUCACUGGCUAGAACAUAUUAAGCUUAUUCUUGCAGGGGCUCUUCGGAUUGCUGACAAGGUAGAGUCAGGGAAGACAUCUGUGGUGGUACACUGCAGUGAUGGUUGGGAUCGCACAGCUCAGCUAACUUCCCUAGCCAUGCUUAUGUUGGAUGGAUACUAUCGCACAAUACGAGGAUUUGAAGUCCUUGUGGAAAAAGAGUGGCUAAGCUUUGGACAUAGAUUUCAACUAAGAGUUGGCCAUGGAGAUAAGAACCAUGCAGAUGCAGAAAGAUCACCUGUUUUCCUUCAGUUUAUUGACUGUGUGUGGCAAGUGACAAGACAGUUUCCUACUGCAUUUGAAUUCAAUGAAUAUUUUCUCAUUACCAUUUUGGACCACCUAUACAGCUGCUUGUUUGGAACAUUCCUUUGUAACAGUGAACAGCAGAGAGGAAAAGAGAAUCUUCCUAAGAGGACUGUGUCACUGUGGUCUUACAUAAAUAGCCAGCUGGAAGACUUCACUAAUCCUCUCUAUGGGAGUUAUUGCAAUCAUGUCCUUUAUCCAGUAGCCAGCAUGCGCCACCUAGAGCUCUGGGUGGGAUAUUACAUAAGAUGGAAUCCACGGAUGAAACCACAGGAACCUAUUCACAAUAGAUACAAAGAACUUCUUGCUAAACGAGCAGAGCUUCAGAAAAAAGUAGAGGAACUACAGAGAGAAAUUUCCAACCGAUCAACCUCAUCCUCAGAGAGAGCCAGCUCUCCUGCACAAUGUGUCACUCCUGUCCAGACUGUUGUGUGAAAGGAUUGUGACUAAGGACAUCAUUGAUAUGAACUCUUCAUUACAGUGGCAGCUUUAUGAGUAGAAAGUCUCCCUAUUUUGAACCCAUCUCUGAGAGAAAAGUUCAGAUGCUUUAUUUAUUUUAAGUCUCUCUAAGAUGAGUUUAGAACUAUAGCAAUGUGGGUGGCUUAAGAGAAACAAUUCCACAUGUAAUUACAUGAUUAUGACACUAAACCUGUUCAGACAUCUGGUAAAAGUACAAACUACUUUAGAAAUACACCUCUUGAUUGGAGAAAGCUCACUGCACAGAGGAACAAGUUUUCAAACCAAAUCAACACUGAAGUUCUGUGGCAUCAUCUAUAUUAGGCCUUUAUGUAUGACAGAUCAAAAUCAUUUAAUACCUUUUUCUCCAUCAUGGGCUUUUCUUCAUGUAGUAAUUGAUUUACAUUGAUCACUGUUCAACCUCCAUUCUUAAUAUAGUGAAAGGCAAAGCAUAGUGUGGCAGUAGUUAAAAAUUGCUGCUGACAUUAUUUACAUACUUAAUUAGGGCAUUCUACUGUUCCAGAAUGAUGCCUUAGAGAUAUACUUAGGGGACCAUAAGGAGACAAAGUGGUAGCCAUUUUGGAGUUCAAAGAUUUCUAAGACAUUCAGAUUAAUUUCCAUUUUUUUUCCAAUUGUUUAAAAAAAUUUUACCCCUUUCUGUUUUGCUUAAUGCUAAUUGGCAAGUUUUAAAAUUUUUAAAAGACUUUUUUGGAAGACUGUAUAAAUAGCAUAUGGUGAGAAGUAUAAUGCUUAAAUUUUACAUGAAAUACUUCACUACUUUAUUCCACCAAAUUAAGCCUACCAAAGAACACACCGCAUUUAAAAAUGAAUUACAAUCUCAAUACCAGUAAAAGAAAUCUUGCUUCACUGCUUGCCUGAGACUUUGGUGCUGGUAUGGACAUUUCACUGUCUGAUGUCUAUUUUACUCUAUAUGAGAGCCAUAUGUAAUGUACUGUAACUAAGAAGCUUCUUGUCCCUUGGUCUUUUAAUUAAAAGAAAUUUCAGCUAA